GAAACUACGACUCCCAAGCUCACCCUGGAAAUUACUGUAACUAUCGAAGGGGGAAGGGAAGCAGAGAUUGGAGGGAGUGAAACUGAGAAGCCCCCAAGAGGCCAACUUGACCUGGCCUUUUCUUGGGACGUCUGCCUCCUUGUUGGUCGGGCUCCAUCAUGUUGGCAGUCCUGCUGAAAUAACCAUAGCUCUUUCUCUCCAUUUUCUUGGCGGUGGACUUCAACGAAGCUGCUGACAAACCGUAAUUCUCCAGGAACAUGGUGUAAGACCAGGAGAACGUGAGGGCAGAUUUAUAAAUGGGCCCUGAGCAAGUAUGGCACAGCUGAGCAAAUCCAGUGACAUCGCAGGGAAUCCGGGGAGGGAGGAAAGGAAGGCGGUUCUCUGGCACCUCGUGCUCUGAUGACAGACUGAUACACAUCUUCAGGGGCCUGGACAGAAGGACGGUGGGCGGCGGUUUAUCUCCCUGGCAGCCUGCACUCUCGCCCUGUUGGCCUCAGGUGUGAAAACGGGCACCGGGGUUCGCACUGGUCACUGCUCCAGAGCACUGGCACGGAGACGUGGAUGGCUCGCCAUGCGGACGCCAGCUCUCGCACCUGUCCCGGCUCUGCCUCCUCCUCCUCAGAGGUGACUGGCACAUGUUGAGCGAGCGCUCAGCGGCGUAAUCCAUCAGAAUCACUUCACAGCUCCGCGGGUCAGGGCCGGCUCUACAGAGGCUGCGAGCGGAGGGGCCGAGGGAGACGCCGAGCGACACGCACCCUCCCGCUCGGGACGCUAUGCGCUGCCACGCGCCCGCGCGCCCCCUGGGCUCGGACAGAGAAGGCGGGCUUUAGGAGGCAGCUGCCAUCGCGGGCUCGGGCCAUGGAGGGGGACACGGUCGUCGCGGCGCACGCAGCGGCGCCCGAUUCAGCUCCCUCCCACGUACGCAUGAGAGCAAACAGAUUGCACAGCGAAGCUCGCGUAGCCUGGAUACCGAGUCGUCCGUUAUGGUACGAUAUGCUGAGGCGGGGAAAUGAGGAAGUAAAAUGUAGCAGCCAAGCUCUUCCUCCACACCUGUGCUGCUCUGAGCCCCUGAGGUAAACCGUUUGCCCUCUGUGCAGCAAUAAUCUAGCCUUCCUCUCUGAACCCGUGCCAGACCACAAGGUGAGAGUGCAACUGCUACAUCCUUACUCUGCCCGUGCCAAGUACAUACAGUUCUCUCGGGCUCCAUAAGGUGCAGCCAUAAGGCGACAUCGAUACGUGCAUGUUGUGUCUGUGGGUUUUUGUAAAUAAAGUUUUGUUUUUUUCCAUAAAAAUCUCAGUGUCCCUUAAAAUGUACAGCAGUUUGCUUGUAGUUUCCUGCAUUUUUCUGAAUGUUUUAAUGCUGUUACUGUGACGCAGUUUAAGAUGAAAAUGAAAAUUUCUGUAUAAAUACAAUUUGUUUAUUCUUGUUCUUCUUAUUAUUAUUAGUAUUAUUAUUACAGCUUGAAAUACUUUUUAAAAUUUAGCAUUGGAUUCUCAGAGGAAGUUUUCAGUUGGAUGUACAAACAACACACCACUGAUUUCUAAGUGCUUUCUUAAAGCUGUCUCAGUGCCUUUAUGUUUACCUGUGAGGUGUGUUCUUUAGGUACAGCAGAACAUGGACGUGCACAUGUUGCUAUGGAGAUUGUUAUGGAGCAGUUAUAACAGAAAGCCAUUUGUGUUCCAUUGCUGUCGCCCGCGUCGGGCAUCUGGCAAUGAACUGCAGGGUUUGAACGGCUUAUCGCAGGAGGGCACGCCGGUGGAAGACCUAACCAACGGCCGCCCCAAUCACAAGCGCGGACUGAAUGGCUUGACCCCGGAAGGCCACAAGGACCAUGCGAACGGCAACUCGUUGCUCAAGUCUCUACCGAUUUCGGCUCUGAAGCAGAAUGGCCUGUUGCAGUCUCUCUCAGCGGGAGGAGAGCUACAGCAGACGGAGGAAGAGAGCGCCGAGGUGCAGCAGGCCCGGGAGCAGUGGGAGGCCCUGGAGAGCAUCCAGCCAGUUCUUCCUGAGGACUCGGCUCCCACCCCCCUCAUCUCCUUCAACGAGGCCCUGCAGCACUUCCAGACCACGGACCUGUCCGAGCUGCUGAGGGACAUCCAGCCCACCCUGCGCAGGACCGGCCUGGCCGCCAUCGCACACUUCCUGUUCGGCCCGCCCCGGCUGCACCGCGAGCUGACGGAGGAGAGGGACCUGGUGUUCGCCAUCGCCCGCUGCUCCCUGGACAACGGGCAGAAGGUCCACACUCGAGUCCUGCAGACCAUCUACAAGCGUCUGACGGGCAGCAGGGCGGACUGCCCUCGCUACGGCCCGCACUGGGAGACAGUGGGCUUCCAGGGCACAGACCCUGCUACUGACCUGAGGGGAACCGGUUUCCUGGGCCUCAUGCACACCCUGUAUCUAGUCAUGGACCCCGAGAUGCUGCCCCUGGCCAGGGACAUCUACAAGCUGUCCCAGCAUCCCACACAGAACUUCCCCUUCAGCGUGAUGUCAUUCAACAUCACCCGCAUUGCGCUGCACGCGCUCAGAGAGGAAGCCCUCACCAGGGAGUGCAACCGACGGCAACAGGUGGUGGGGGUGCUGAACGAGUUCUACGUGGCCACUUUCCUGCACCUCUUCCAGGUGUGGAAGUCCCAGCAGAAGACUAUCAGUGACUCCGGAUUCGUGCUGAAAGAAUUGGAGACCUUUGCCAAAAAGAACCCCAAGCAGAUCCUGAGGCGGCUGGAGGCGUUCCUGAGCGAGCGGCGCGUGGGGGGAGGGGUGAGGUUGUCACCCGACACCCCGUCCCACAACACCUCCCCCCGCAACGGGGGGCCGCGGGUCGGGCUGACGGCCGCAGCCAGGGGCAAGGAGAUGAAUUUCACCGGAGUGUGCGAGCUGCCCCCCGAGAUGGAGGGGGAGGCCAGGCUGAUCUGAGGGGGUGGGGGGGUGGGGAUGGGGGGUAAAUCCGGCCCGAAGAACGGCUCUGGCUCUCAGGGGUAGGCAGUGUCCCCAAGCGCUGAUCCAGGGUCGGGUAACCACACACCCUGACGUCAGCCCCCAGGUGUGUUGAGAGACUGGUGCAGAGUCGGUGCUUGGGGGCACUGUGUGUUUGCCCUGACCCUGGUCCCCUCUGGCUCCAUCUCUCCAUCAGUGAACACGCCCCGUUCUGCAGCACCUGGAAAACUCCCUGCAGGUCCACCACCCACAGUUCAGGGCUAUGGCCCCGCCUCCCCCCACCUAGCUGUCCAAUCAGACUACACGUUCAAACCUCUUCAGUAAAAUGUGUGCCGGCUUCUGAGCAAUACGUGCAGAAGUUUGUCUUUUUAUGUCAUCUGUGCACAGUAAAACCUCAAGUGUUAAUUCAACUCUUAACGGAGUAAAUAUGAGUCCAAGGGACCACAUGUGCUCUGUAAGAGUUGAUUUAACACUGAACAUUUUACUGUGUGCUCCUGUCAAAUUUGUAUGACAUAAUAAUGCCUUUCCUUCCAUAGUCUUGAACAAAAGAGGCCGAUAUUCUGACUGCUUUUUCUCCCAGCAUGUGUUAAAAGCCAAAACACGGCACAGAGCACACUAUUUACGUCAGAAUCUAAUGACAAGAUUGUUCCCCUUCCAAGGGUUGCCGUGGGCCAAAUUCAGCCCCCCUGGGCCUUAGUUUGGAUGUGCCUAUUUUAAUAUCUCCAGAAAAACCCCCUGACCCUGGGUGUAGCUGUACCCGAGAGAAAAUGUGGAAUUCACAGUGCCGCGCCACAGGCCUUGGAAAGGGGAGAUAAUCAUAAAAAACACAAUAAGACGUACAGAACAAAGGCCAUGAUUUGUCUGAUGGAGCAGCUGACUUCAGGUCAAACUUCUGAAGACUGUAGAAGUGUGAUUCGAUGGCUGUGGGGGCGGGGGGCUCUGACCUAGAGUGGGUUUUGGCCAUGUGGAUGUCGGAUAACUGAGGGGGGAGUCCUAAACCUGCGCUCUAAGAAAUUAGGAAAAUCAGGUGGUGUGCGUACGGCACACGUGCGCCGAACUUUGGAAGCUCAGAGUGUGAAGCUUUCAACACAAAGAGCCUCUACUGGCGGCAUCCUGAUGAACCGUUAAAACAAGGCCUCCUUCAGGGUGUGGAGGCUUCCGUUUUAAUUAGACUGAUUCAGCUGCGACUCUUUCCUUUUAAAUCUGCCUUCCAAGCAUACAUAGCUCUCUAUAUUGGAUAUUAAACCCUUCAACACUAUAAACAGGAUGUACUCUGUCCAAUAUAAGUCUAGGGUUUAGGUUGCUCACUGAGAUCAGCAGGAAAAAAAAACAAAAACGUGCGUUUGUGUAGAUCCUCUUUUUCCUGGGAGUUUUCUCCAGUGCCGCUUAAACGUGAUCAGAGCUCCCAAUUUUUUGGGGAUAUAUUUUUGAAUAAUUUAAAAACUAUUUUAAGUCCUUCGCAAGAGAGUACCUUACACGAGAAAGAAAUGGCACUUGAAAGAUGUCACUUUAGUCUGAAUGAAGGUGGGGUUUCUGUGGUCAUCUGUCGCGUCCCGGGUUUGUCCGAGGUCGCCACGGUGAGAGAAACGGCGGGCGCUUGAACCAAAGUUGACCGGAGGACCGCCGCGGGAUCUCUUUAAAGCGAUAGCGCCCGUUUGCUUCUUCCCCCGCCGUGGACAGUAUUUCCUGCGAUUUUGACUGCCGAAGCAAAAGUGCACUAGUGUAGCGGGAAUUAUAAAAUGCGAAAUGAACUUUCUGAGUGCAUUUCAGCAAUGAGAGAGUCUUUCGUUGUGACGAACAUGCGGCGUGCGGUGUGAGUUAGUAUCGCGGGGCGGGGGGGGUGAAAUUAUACUUUUGAUGGAAGUGAUGACCACAGUAAUGCUGGGUGCCUUUACAGGCCUUGGGAAGCUCCAAGGAGAACUGAGAGAGAGGUGCAUGCUGGGUGAGGGAAAAAUCGGUAAGCUUUGUACCAGUUUGUGUGUGCGCGUGUGUGUUUUACGACAGGGAAAACAAUCCAUAUAUAAUAGUCUACUCUGUAUAUUGUUGCAGGUGAAGUUGUGGACCACGGUCGAGGUAUUUCGUUACUAGAUUCCGGUACUCCCUGUAGACUUGUCUCACAGCAGGGUAGAUACUUCAGCCAUUUCUCAGUAGCAUGUCGGGUAGCACUAGAAUUGUAGCAUCUAAUAUUGUUGGUGUUUCUUUCCCUUGUGAAGCUUGUACUAUGAUUGAAAUGGUCACGUCUACUCUGUUCCAGUCUUUAGUGUAAAUGUGGAGCUUGCAACUGAAUACGUUUGACUAUUUCCCCCCCCCCUUUCCACAGGUUACACAUUAGCAGCGUAUUGGAGAGUAGGUAAAAGCUGGAUAGAUCACAUUGACUAUCGUUUUUCUUCAAGCUUAUCUUCACUGGUUAGUUUUUUUUUGUUUGUUGUGAAAGAAGGCCCAGAUCGGUUGCUAACGAGAGAUGGUUAAGUCACAGAUCCCCACUGUUCCAUUUUGUUUUAUAUUGAGGAGAUGGCUUCACUGGUAUUGAUCAGGAUGGCUCACUGAGAUAGCUGUCUGCUUUCUGCGCAAGGCCUAAACUCAGGAGAUCUAAGGUGGAGGUGCAGGAGGAACCCAUCCUGCUUGCAGAGCAUAGACAUUAGCUUACAGUACUAUAAACACCUUGGAGCAGUUACACUUCUGUUGACGGAACUUUUAUCACCUCACUAGGGAAUGCUAGUUUUAUUUGGGACAAAGAGUUUUGUUCACAUUUGCUAAGGAUAUUCAAAAGGAAACGUACUGAUAGCCUAUUCCAUUUUUCGGUUAGAUGUGGAUGCUUUCGUUGCCCUGGUGUGGAAUGUUGACAGUGCCUAGGAGUGUUGUUAGGGGGCAAGCUGUUGUCGUCUUCUCUGUGUUGUGUUGUAGCUCACCUGCAUGGAGUAAAGAACCGCCAAAAAACUGACAGGUCCUCUGAGCUCCCAUUUUCAGUAACGAGACUGAAGGGACUUUUUUUUUUUUUUUUUUUUUGCUUCUCCCCCACCCACCUGCUUUUCUGAAUUAGUGAGUACUUCCCCAACCCAAAUAAUUAUAUACAUGCAUAAUUUUUUCUUUUCUUUUGGGAGACGACUUGGCUUAAGUGAAAAUAUGUGGAGGUUUGUACAUAGAGAAUAAAUAUUGAUUGUAACGGUAUGAUUGUUACCUGGGCAUUAUACUGAAGUAAAUCGCUUACCUCAGACUUAAGCCGAAUCAGUCUCCCUUCAUUUUAGUAUUUGUCGAAACAUCAGUGAUUGGAUCAAUAACUGACUAUUUUCACUGAGGAUGUAGCACAAACCGUAUCUUAUCUCCCUUACUCAUAUAUUUACCCUGGAAAUGUAAUGUGUAUUCCACACAAAAAAAUAUUUUUAGAGGGACAUGGUAACGAAUAUACAUGUAAAAGUCACCGUGUGAACAUUAUACAGGCUUGCACGCUCAGACAGACAUUGCUAUAAAUCUGCUUAAUUGGCGCCUUGCGUAAAGGACUUUAUUACAAUCUUAGCAAAUAAAGAAAUAGAACAAAAUCAAAUAAAAUAGGCUGUUUUUCUUGUGGCAGAGUGCAUUUGCUUUAAUAUAGUUAAUUCUCUCUUUUUUACAAGGAUGAGAAUUUUUUUCGAAAAGCCCAAUUUCCCUCAGGGUUCUGAACUUCAAUGGCACAAUAAUUAGAUUGCUUGAUGUUUAUUUUUUGGACCGAAAAAGAAUGUCUGUGCCUGAGUGGAGAUGUGUCGCAAACUGCAAAAACCUGACUUAAAUUUCUCACUUUGAUCCUCUGCACCUCUGUCUUCUCUAGAUGAGGAAAGAAAGGCCAAUAGGACCAGACAAAGUUAGUCCGGUAUCUGAAGAGAGUGGCUUUCUGAAUUCCUGGUUGCUGAUUUAAAGGGUAUCACCACUAUAUAUAUUUUGAGGUUUAAUAUGUUACUCCUUACCAUUUCUAAAUUUGCAUAUUGCACUGUUGCUUGCUCAUUAAAAACACAAACACACUUGUGUGCUUACAGUACGUUCUUGAAGUGUGUAAAUACGGUCUCCAUACACUGACCUGUAGCCGACUAGUUUGAGCACUACACUGGUUUGUCUCCCUUUUAGCAGAGCACUUGCAUUGCGCAAACAAGCAGAAGCAAAUUAAUCAGCUUCACAGUGCAAUUUAGGUACUGCAGGGGCAUAGGAACAAAUUGAGACCAAUAUCUGCCGCAAUCGGGUGAAAGUUCACUUGGUCUCAACAACCUAAAAAUGUAAGACUAUAUUGAUGUUUCUAAUGAAAAUAAAGCAUGUGAAUGUUUGGGACAGUUACCCGUCUUUGCUCUUGUAAAACACAAAAGGGUUAGAGAAGGAUGAUGUCCCUUGCUAAUGUCAGGGCUGAAAUAAAUCUAGCCUGUGCUUUUAAUGGUUAUAGCAGAAGCCACAUUGAGAUCUGUUAGGGAAUAACAUAUAAACUCCUUUUUGGUGAAGAUGCCCUUUAAAAUGAAAACAAAUCUCUUCCCCCACUUUCUUGCUCUUUGUUUCAAAUUCUUUUAUCAUUUAUCCUUUCUGUUGUUUGUCCCCCAGAGCAUUUAAUGUAUCCGGAUUGUAGAAACCCUAUUUUAUAAUGAAAGUUAUUCCAGAAAAUAUAUACGGUUGUACAGUAAUGUAUUGUAUGGAGAAACAUUAAUAAAUGCCAUUUAAAAAGCA